AACUGAAAUUGGCAAAACAACCAAAACCAAACAGGACGUGAAAAUAAGGUCUCUUCUUUUAGUUUUAACAAUAUGCGCCGACGGGAUGAAAAUUUUCCCGAAAAUGGAUUUGAAGAUGGUGGAGGUUAUAUGCAAGUUAAAAUCGCAAAACUGGAAGCCCAAUUUUCUAGUUGUGUUGGGAAAGAAGUAACUCGAUUAUCUAAUAUAUUUAAUGGUGUAUCAAUUUACGUAAAUGGGUUUACAAAACCAUCUGCUGAUGAAUUAAAAGAACUUAUGGCUCAACAUGGUGGUGUAUAUCACACUUAUCAACGAAGUAAUGACUACAUAAUUGCUUCUAAUUUACCCGAUACUAAAGUUAAGAAUAUGUCCCUUUCCAAAGUUGUUAAACCUGAAUGGAUAACCGAGAGUAUUGCUGCGAACAGCUUAUUAGACUAUAGAAAAUAUUUAUUGUACAAAAACUCCAGAACUCAACCUCAAUUAAACUUUAACAAAUUAAUUGCAACAAAGAUUAAAACUGACGAAAGCCACUUAAAGGAUGAAAGGGAAAACAUCGAACAGAAUUUAACCUAUGAUUCUGAUAAAGGACUCAAUGAAAUGGGUAAAUCUUCUAAUGUUUCCACUACAGACACAAAACCUGUUUUAAAUAAAGUUAAUAGAAAUGACUGUUUAGCGAAAACAGCAGUUGAUCCUAAUUUUAUAUCAGAAUUUUAUAAUAAUUCAAGACUUCAUCACAUAUCUCAAUUGGGGGCUUUCUUUAAACAGCAUGUUAAUGAUUUAAGAGAUUCAAGUGAUUUUUCUUUUCCUGCCCGCACUGCACUUAAAAAUAAUAUUCUUUCUUCAAGCCACACUUCACUUCAUGCAGAUACCAGUUUUGAUAAUGGCAAAGUUAUUAUGCACAUAGACAUGGACUGUUUUUUUGUAUCUGUUGGAUUACGCAAAAGACCAGAGUUACGAGGGAAACCUGUUGCGGUUACGCAUUCCAAAGGAUCAAAGCCUCAAACAAAAAGAGAAGGGGUAGAUAGAAAUACUGAAUUUAACUUAUAUAAGCAAAAACAAGCUAAGAAAUUAGGCAAAGUGACGGGCAAAACUGAAGAUGAAAUUUUCAUUGAAAGUAGAGUGGAUAAUGUUGGUGAUGAAGAUAAUGAAUAUGGAUCUUUAAGUGAAAUAGCAUCAUGUUCAUAUGAAGCAAGAGCAAAAGGCAUUAAAAAUGGUAUGUUUAUGGGACCUGCCUUAAAAUUGUGUCCUAAUCUGCAAACCAUACCUUAUGAUUUUGAAGGGUACAAGGAAGUAGCAUACACCUUGUAUAACACAAUAGCCCAGUACACACUUGAUAUAGAGGCUGUAUCUUGUGAUGAAAUGUAUGUUGACUGUACCGAGCUGCUAAAAGAUUUAAAAGUUAGUGUUCAAGAUUUUGCAACAGCAUUAAGACAAGAAAUAAAAGACAAAACUGGGUGUCCAUGUUCAACAGGAUUUGGCAGCAAUCGAUUGCAAUCAAGACUUGCCACAAAACGAGCUAAACCAGAUGGGCAGUUUUUCCUUACUUCAGAUUUAGUUGAAGACUUCAUGUUUAGUAUUAGCCUCAAAGAUUUACCUGGGGUCGGUAGGCAGACAUCCCAAAAGUUGGAGUCUUUAGGUCAUCAAACUUGUGGAUCCUUACAAACACUUACAUUAGGCCUACUCCAGAGACAUCUGGGUAAUAAAACAGGGGCACAGCUUUUUGAUCAAUGUCGUGGUCGCGAUCCAAAUCCAUUGACAUUCCACACAAUUAGGAAAUCAGUAUCAGCAGAGGUAAAUUAUGGGAUAAGAUUUGAAACAAAUGAUCAAUGCUUUCACUUUUUAAAACAAUUAUCUGCAGAAGUACACUCCAGAAUGCAACAGUUUAAAGUUUUAGGUAAAUGUAUUACACUUAAAUUAAUGGUCAGAGCAGAGGAAGCACCUGUUGAGACUGCAAAAUUCAUGGGCCAUGGAUUUUGCAAUGUUCUUAAUAAAUCUAGUAACUUAACAAAUGCCACUAAUGAUAUUGAAAUAAUAACCAAGGAAGUUAUUUCUCUGUGCAAAAAACAAAAAUUAGAUCCAAAAGAAUUGAGAGGUAUAGGAAUUCAAAUAUCUAAAUUAGAACAAGUUAUGUCAAAGCCAAACAAUAGUGGUAUAAGUAAAUUUUUGAAUAAAAAUAAAAAUGUACCUGGCAGCAACUGGACUCCAAAAGUUGAAAAUGAUGUAGGAACAAGCUGUGAUGUUAAAAAUCAGAUUAAAGUUGAAGAUAACACAAAGUAUUCUAUUACUCCGAAAAAGAAAAAUACAUCCUCUCAUAUUAAUAAAUCUCCUAAACAUGAACUUAAAUCCUCACCAGUAAAAAGGAGAGGAAGACCUCCAAAAUCUCUAAAAUAUAGCCUAAUGAAUGCCAAAAGUAGUAUGGACAAAUUUCUUGGUGGAGAAAUACAAGUGAAAGAAGAGUUACCAGCUCAAACAGUCCCGGAAAUAAUAAAGGAGGAAACACCAAAAAGCUCUGACUCAAACCAAGAUGGAUUAUUGAGCCUCUCCUGGGAAAAAGUACGAGAACUUUUAAGGGCAUGGUUGGAUAGUGGACAAUCACCAAAACUGUGUGACACUAGAAUGAUUGCUAGUUAUUUGAGUAAAUUAGUUGCUAAAAAAGAUAUUGACAAAGUUUAUAUACUGAUGAACUUCUUGAAACGGAGGACACAUGAAAUAGACAUGGACAUUUGGAUAGAAGUUUACAAUUAUGUUUUAGAGGAUGUUCAAAAUUCUAUGAUUGCUGUUUAUGGAAAUAAACUAUGGAUAAAUAACUGAUAAACAAUCAAAAUAGGUAGUAAUGGACACAAACAAUAUAAUAAAAAGAUAUAG